AUGCCAGAAACUCAACAAGCAGUCGUGCUUAAAUCCAAAGGCCAUAUAUCCAUUGAAGAUAGACCAAUUCCUAAAAUCGAAGACCCUCACUUUGUGAAAUUGGAAAUUAAGAAAACCGGAAUCUGUGGAUCAGACGUUCACUACUAUGUUGCGGGAGCAAUCGGCGAUUUCGUGGUAAAGAAGCCUAUGGUUUUGGGCCAUGAGUCCAGUGGUGUUGUUGUAGAAGUCGGUGGUGCAGUAUCAAGCGUAAAAGUAGGCGAUCGAGUUGCUAUUGAACCCGGCAUUCCAAGCAGAUAUUCUGACGAGACUAAGGAAGGACGAUACAAUUUGUGUCCAGACAUGGCUUUCGCUGCUACUCCUCCUUUUGACGGUACACUGGUCAAGUACUACCUUGCUCCAGAGGACUUUGUAGUAAAGCUACCGGAUCACGUGUCGCUGGAGGAAGGUGCAUUGGUAGAGCCUCUAUCUGUUGGUGUACAUGCCAACAAGCUCGCCAAAGUGGCCUACAAUCAAAAGGUUGCAGUUUUCGGUGCAGGCCCCGUUGGUUUACUCACAGGAGCCGUAGCACGUGCCUUUGGUGCCGGCGAAGUGAUCUUCAUCGAUGUGUUUGAGCACAAGUUGAAGCUGUCGUCGAAAUUCGGUGGCACCAAAUUUGUGAAUUCGUCUCAAUUCAAGGAUGAAGAAUUUCUGGUUGCAGAGAUCGUGAAAGAGCUGGACGCACACCAGCCCGAAGUAGUUUUUGACUGUUCGGGUGCUGAAAUUUGUAUUAGAACUGGUAUCAAGGUAUGCAAGACCGGAGGAACUUACGUUCAGGUGGGCUCCGGAAAACCUGAUGUGAAUUUUCCAAUUGCAGCGAUCGGUCCUAAAGAGCUUAGGGUCCUGGGGUGUUUCAGAUAUGCGUUUGGAGACUACAGGGAUGCGGUGCAGUUGAUUUCCAAAGGAGACGUCAACGUCAAGCCGCUCGUGACACACCGCUACAAAUUCAAGGACGCAGUCGAGGCAUACGAGUUCAAUGCCAAAUCUGGCUCAGAUGUGAUCAAGACAAUAAUUGAUGGGCCUGAAUAA